GCCGAGGAUCCUGUCGCGUUUUAUAAGUCUAGACCUGAUAUUUAUCCUCCGGUUUUCAACAUCGAGCAUAGCGAAGUCGCAAAGCUCAGUCCUGGCUAUAUUUUCAUUACGCCAUAUGAGGCGCAGAAUCCGGGACCGUAUAUCUUCGAUAACACAGGAGAAUUAGUAUGGAGUGGUUGGGGUGUAUCGGGGCCAGGAAAUGCCCAUGGCUUCCAUGUAUGCCAGUAUAAGGGCGCCGAUCAUUUAUGUUUCUUCCAGGGUAAUCAACAAAAAGGAUAUUGUCGCGGUCAUGGAAUCAUCAUGGACAGCACAUACCGCAUUGUGCGAUCCGUACAACCAGGCGGCGGAAUGGCAUCAAGCGAUAUGCACGAAUUUAUGCCUGUCAACGAUGGGAAAUCCGCCUUAAUGACGGUAUACCAGCAGCGCCAAUUCGACAUGACACCUUGGAAUAUCAAAACCGGACUCGGAUGGUUGAUGGAGAGCGUGUUCCAAGAAGUAGACAUUGAAACGAGCAAAGUACUCUUUGAAUGGCGAUCUCUCGAUCAUGUCGACCCCUCGAUGAGCUAUACAUACCCAGCUCACACAGAUACCUCUGGAACAGGACUAAACGUCCACGAGCCCUGGGAUUAUUUCCAUAUCAAUUCGAUCGAUAAAAACGCCGACGGCGAUUAUCUGAUCUCGUCACGACACACAUGCGCUAUAUACAAGAUCUCCGGCAAAGACGGCUCAAUUAUCUGGCAACUUCACGGUGCAGACCCGACAUUCCGGAAUAUCAACUUUAGUUUCUCGCAACAGCACGAUGCGCGAUGGCUCUUCGAAAACGCAACCCAUACAGUUCUCUCACUAUACAAUAACGGAUACAAUGGCUAUAACCAGACCCAUCCAUAUUCAGCUGGUAUGAUUAUUCUCAUCGACCAUUUAGAGAACACAGCGCUUCAGAUCCGAGACUACCGUCCCCAAAUAAGCGACCUAGUCAGCUCCAGCCAAGGCAACAUGCAGCGUCUCCCGAACAAAAACGUCUUCAUGGGAUGGGGCAGUAACCGUUACAUCUCCGAACACGACGAGGAAGGGAACCUAGUUCUCUGGGCUUCCUUUGCCGCAGCCCCAGUAAUGAACUAUCGCGCCAUGAAAUUCGAAUGGGAAGGUAAUCCUACCGACUCACCCGCGCUAUGGACGUAUUCACGAACUCCAGAUCCAUUCUCUCCCACAACGUUCUAUGUUAGUUGGAAUGGCGCCACACGCGUGAAAACAUGGCGAUUCUUUGGUUCUCAGAAUAUGACCGGUCCAUGGACUUUGCUAGAUGAAGCGUCGAAGACAGGAUUCGAGACAGAGUAUACGAAUACAAGCUUCUAUUUAUGGACUCGAGCUGAGGCUAUCGGGCCUAAUGGGGCUGUAUUGGGUCGGUCGGAGAUCAAGUAUACGUUUGUACCUUCGCCUGAGCUGCGGGAGUUCUGUCAAGAUGAGACUUGUCUUGAUGCGCCGGGGUAUGGAUUUCCGGGCGAAGAACAGGCUAAGCCGUUUAUUCCGCCUGUUGGUGUUAGUACGGUGCCUUGGGUAGAUCCGGAUCAUGAUGGGGCGAUAUGGACAUAUCCCUCUGGGUUUCCUCAUGUGUCUAUUCCAGAGUACCAUGAGAGCUGGAACUCUAAAACUUCGAGUUUCUGGGCUGGUACUAUCUUAUUAUCACUCUCUUUUCUUGGUGGAGGGUACUAUGCCUAUCGGUAUCGACGAAAUCAGCGGCUGGAUCCGCUGGAUGAUCAAGAGUCGGCUGAGCCGCUGAAUGGUAUGGUGGAACGGAAAUCUCCGCCCCGUUACUCUGGUGAUUUUCCCUGGUGGAAUUGGAAGAGAUGGAUUGGAAGGGAUGAGGGUCAUUACUUCCCCCUCUCGAACCGCGCAACACAUCAUCGACGACAGCGGACAGAAUGA